AUGAUCAAGCUUUUUGCCCGAAAAUGCAUUGGAGAGUUGCACAAUACAAAAUACAAGUUGUCUCUUCAUAAUGAUACCAUUGACACUCAUUGUGCCAUAUGUGGAAGAGGUGAGGAAACAAUAAAGCACUUAAUAUUUUCCUGUGAUCAUGCAAGGAAGGUCCGGAGAUUAGUUAAUGUGGGCAUAGAUGAAGUUCAGAGGAGAUAUAAUAGUGUUUCAGAAUGGUUUGAAAGUUGGUUCAUAGGAAGCAACCAAUGUUCAAUAGAGAAAUGGCUCUACACUUUGAUGAUAAGUGCAUGGAUCAUCUGGAAAGAUAAAUGCGAUGUGACAUUUCAGGGAGUCUCUCUUAAUACUUUUAACUCCAUGCACAAAAUUCAUUAUCAUCUGCAUUCUCAUUUGCAUGAAUCUUGCAUUAAUAAUAAUAAUUUAAAUGUUAUCAUGAUAUCUCAAUGGAAACCUCCUUUGUCUGAUAUUUUUAAAUUUAAUGUCCAUGCAUCUUUCAGUCAGGAAACUAAUAUGCUUGGAACUGGUAUUGUGAUACGAUCUAAUACAGGAAAUUUUGAAGGAAUGGAAUCAAAGGAACCUUUGCACAUGGAGUUCUGCGUCCUGAAGCAGGAGAAUGCAUGGCCAUAA